CUCGGGGCGCGUUAUAAGUGCUGCCCUCCCAGUGCCGGGAUGCGGACGUGGGUUCUUCCUCUGCAUCACAACGGGGUUGUGCUGCCUGCGAAGGUCCCAAAGCCGCUGGGCCCCCGACGCCGCGCUCGGUGUAGGUCAUGUGAGAGCUGAGCUGGGAUGGAGCAUGGCUUACACACCACGGGGGAGGUCAAUGGCUCGUUCUAUCAGCCCUCAGCUUUCUUCAUGACGGGCAUCCCAGGCCUGGAAGCCUUUCACCACUGGAUCUCCAUCCCUUUCUGCGCACUGUACCUUAUUGCUCUCUCGGGAAACUGCAUGAUCCUAUUCAUCAUAAAGAAGACCCAAAGUCUUCACGAACCCAUGUACUACUUCCUCUCCAUGCUGGCAGUCACCGACCUAGGCUUGGUUUUCUGUACCCUCCCCACUACCCUGGGCAUUUUUUGGUUUAAUGUGCGAAGGAUUGGGUUUGAUGCUUGCCUCACUCAGACGUACUUCAUCCACACACUGUCCUUCAUUGAAUCCUCUGUGCUCCUCGCAAUGGCAUUCGACCGCUUCAUUGCCAUCUCCCAUCCUUUGAGACAUCCAUCCAUACUGACCAAGACGACUGUCGUGAAAAUAGGUCUGGCAAUUCUAGUGAGAGGUAUGGUCUCCCUUCUUCCCAUCCCCUUCUUGCUCAAGAGACUGACCUACUGUGGGAAGACUGAGCUUUCUCACUCGUUUUGUUUCCACUCUGAUAUCAUGAACCUCGCGUGUGCAGAUAUAAAAGUCAAUGUCUUCUACGGUAUGAUUAUUCUCUUAUCAACAGUGGGGAUGGACUUCAUCUUCAUCGUGCUGUCCUACAUCCUGAUCAUUAAAACUGUGGUCAGCCUUGCAACCAAGGAGGAGUGUCUCAAGGCUCUGAAUACAUGUGUCUCCCACAUCUGUGCUGUUCUAGUGUUCUUCAUCCCAAUGAUCUCACUGUCCAUGAUCCAUCGCUUUGGAAAGAACAUUCCUCCUCUGGUUAACACUUUGGUGGCCUACACCUACCUUAUAAUUCCUCCUGCUCUCAACCCCAUUAUCUACAGCAUAAAAUCCAGCCACAUCCGUGAGGCUUUGAUCAGGGCACUGUGGAAGAAGAGUGAAUCCGACUGGUAG